CGUAUAAUAUGUUUAGCAGCCAGCGAGUCGCAUGGACGGAGUGCAGCCUAUCAUAGAAAUCGCAGCCUAUCAUAAUAGUCCGGUUACAAUUAAAUCUCCGGAAUUCUCGCUCACUUGCUUUUCCGCAAAACAGAGAAAUUUAUAGAAGUCUACUCCUUCGUUUUUUCUCCCUCUUAUUCACUGUUUCUGCUUUUUGUUCUUCACCAAUGUUCGGAGCAGUCCCUCAAGCUUAAGCCUUUAUGUUCUGCGCUGCUUGUUCCGCUUGCUACUCUCGUUGUUGUUGGCUCAAGUUGGAGUGUAAGGGCCAGAUCCUUUCAAGGGAAAAGGGAGAGGGUAUAGACUGCUUCUCUUAGUCCUAUUUAUUUCAGGGUUUUGACUGGUUUGAUCGGUUUUGGUGAUUGAUUGUUCCUCUGGGGUUUGGGCUCUCUAUCUCCAUGGCUAUAGAGGAGUCUGAUUCUAAGCAUGUCCUCUCAGAGCUAGAAAAUGAAGAGGAUUUAAUUGCUGCAGCGAAGGACAUUGUGAGGGCUUUAGGGUCAAACAGGAACCUCACAAGUGAUGCCAAGAAAAUUCUGGCUGAUCUUGGAACCCGUUUGGCCUCCAUGACCGAACCCUCUGAGAAGCAGGAGGGAGAUGAAGGGGACGGAAAGCAAGAAGAGGAAGAAGAAGGAGUUAGGGCAAUUGAACAUCGGCUCAAUAUCAUCGAAGAGAAAAUUACGAGGUGGGAAGCAGAUCGGUCUUGGAUUUGGGAUUCAGGACCCGAUGAAACAUCUGAGUAUCUGGCUGCAGCUGAUGAAGCACGCCUAUUGAUUGAAAAGUUGGAGAGUUCAGAUUUGAAAAGAGAGGAUCACGAGUACAAGUAUCUGCUGAGGGCUCACAGUGUUCUUCAAACUGCUAUGGCCCGGCUCGAGGAAGAGUUCAUGAACUUACUCAUCCAGUACAAGCAACCUUUUGAACCUGAAUACGUGUCUUUUCGAUCUACCGAAGAUGAUUCGGUUGAUGAGGGCUUUAUAGUCCCUUCAGUUGAUGACUCGACUGAAGAGUCACUGCCAAGAGAGAGUGUGGUGAGCAGAGUCUCAGAGGAACAUAUAAUUGACUUAGUUCAUCCGCAUGUGAUCCCUGAACUCAGGAGUAUUGCACAGCAAAUGUUUGAUUCAAAGUAUGACCGGGAAUGCUCCCAUGCCUAUACCGUUGCCCGAAGGGAUUCCUUGGAGGAAUGUCUUGCGAUUCUUGAAAUGGAAAGGCUGAGCAUUGAGGAUGUGUUGAAAAUGCAGUGGGGUGCUUUGAAUUCCAAGAUCAAAAGAUGGGUUUGGGCUGUGAAAGUGUUUUUCAGGGUGUAUCUUGCAAGUGAGAAGUGGCUAGGUGACCAGAUUUUUGGGGAGGGCGAACCAGUUAGUGUCUCUUGCUUUGUUGAUGCAUCAAAAGCUUCAAUAUUUCAGCUUCUGAACUUUGGUGAAGCGAUGUCCAUUGGCCCCCACCAGCCUGAGAAACUGUUUCGUAUUCUUGACAUGUAUGAGGCCCUGGCUGAACUCAUUCCAGAGAUAGAUGCUUUGUAUCCACACGAAGUUGGUUCUUCUGUUAGAAUUGAAUACCAUGAAGUUUUAUCGAGAUUAGGUGAUUGUGCGAGGUUAACAUUCCUUGAAUUUGAAAAUGCUAUUGCAACAAAUGCAUCUACAAACCCUUUUGUAGGUGGUGGAAUCCAUCCUUUAACCAGAUAUGUCAUGAAUUAUUUGAACACUCUAGCUGACUAUGGUGAGACCCUUGAUUUGCUUCUGAAGAACAAAGAAGAAGAUGAUGCCAUUUUGCUGUCACCUGACAUGAGCCCAGAUACUGAAGAAAAUAGCAAACUUCCGGGGUCUCCCAGCCCAGUUUCCGCGAUGGCCCUCCAUUUCCGAUCAGUUGCUUCGAUCCUUCAAUGCAAACUUGAUGAGAAGUCCAAGUUAUACAAGGAUGCUGGCUUGCAGCACUUAUUCUUGAUGAACAAUAUACACUAUAUGGCUCAGAAAGUUAAGGGGUCUGAACUUAGGCUCAUAUAUGGAGAUGAAUGGAUUCGAAAGCAUAACUGGAAGUUUCAGCAACAUGCUAUGAACUACGAAAGGGCUAGUUGGAGUUCCAUUCUCUCUUUGCUUAAGGACGAUGGAGUUCAGGUUCCCGGUUCACAUUCUAUCUCAAAAAAUCCUUUGAAGGAGAACUUACAGAGAUUCUAUCUUGCCUUCGAGGAUGUUUAUAAGAGCCAAACAGCUUGGUCUAUCCCUGAUGUGCAGCUUCGUGAAGACUUGAGGAUCUCUAUAUCCCUAAAAGUGAUUCAUGCUUAUAGGACCUUUGUAGGGAGGCAUAGUUAUCACAUAAGUGACAAACACAUUAAGCACAAUGCUGAUGAUUUAGAGAACUACCUUUUGGAUUUCUUCGAGGGAUCUCCUAAAUCGCUGCAAAAUCCUCAUAGGAGGUAAUAGCAGAUAAGCAGAAUAAUCUCUUCUUCGCCCAAGGCUUCUAUACUCUCAAUCAGGUUAGGGUCCAUGCCAAAACCUGCUAGUUUUUUUCUUUCUUUCUUUCUUUCUUUUCUUUUUUUCCCGGGGAGGGUAAAACUAGGUGAUUUGCUUGCACUCGAUGAUUGGAAAAGUUUUCAUAGUUGUGCUGCUAUUGUACUUUGCUAGGUCAAACACAUUAUAUUGAUCGUCUGUUUGUGCCUCUAUGAAUUGUAAUUUAUGUACAGCAUUGCAUAUCUGAAAAAUGAGAACGUCCUCAGCAAAUAAUUAGUCUAUUAA